CUCGAUUUUCGUCCUUUUUUGCUUCAAACUUUUUGUCAAGAUCAGCUUAAACAUACUGACUCACUUCUAUGUGGUUAAAGGAAACCGUAAGGAGGCGGCCCGGAUCGCAGCCGAGUUCUAUGAUUUUGGCCAAGGGCACACCCUGUUUAUCACGAUCUCAAUAACAUGCAAACUACCUGACUUGAAGUUGAAAAGCUAGAUACAAACUAGCCUAGCUGAGAUGAACGUCAAACAUUUUACAAUCUUAUUUUGAUAAAUGUUAAGGACGUAAAUUCAUUAAAAAUCCUGACUCUAUUACUAGCUAUUUGUGUCGGAAUAACAGUGGCACCGUUCUAAUCUUAACCUGAGAUAUAAAUAGUUUUACUGGCAGGGAGACGGUAGCCUACAGUACUAUGUUGAAGAUUUACCUCAUGAAUAUAAAUUACGUUUCGUGACGUACGUCCAGUAGGCGUGCGCUCGUCAUUCUACUACGGCAAAGGCUCGGCUUAUGAAUAUUAAUUAGGUUACGUGACUGGAUGCUCGAGAAAGGUUACCAACUAACGUCAGCGUGACCUUAUUAAUAUUCAUACGGUAAAUCUUUGCCGUAGCCAACACGACUCUACAGAGAUCUGAAACAACAACAAGCCGAGCAGCCAAUCAGAGAGAAGCGCUAUAGUCACUCUCGCUCUGUCCUGUGUAAAGAGGAGGACACAGACCUGAUGCAAACAUGCCUGAAGUUCCCUGCAGUGAACCCAAGUAUUCAGAUAAUACUCCCAAGAAAAGAAAGAGAGAGGACGUCGAGGAUUUUUCUGCGAAAAAGAAAUCGCGCUGGGGUAUUUUGAUUAGUCAAGGAUCAUGGGCGGAUCGUUCUCCACUCCAUGAAGCUGCGUGCCAGGGUCGACUUCUGGCUCUUAAGACUCUUAUCUCACAGGGUUACAAUCCAAAUAUCAUCACUAUUGAUCACGUGACUCCACUACAUGAAGCGUGUCUGGGCGAUCAUGUGGCAUGUGCCAGGGCUCUCAUAGAAGCCGGUGCCAAUGUGAAUGCCACGACCAUUGACGGCGUGACCCCGCUGUUUAACGCCUGCUCGGCAGGAAGUUUCACCUGUACGGAGGUGCUUUUGGAACAUGGAGCAAAACCACAGGCAGAAGUGUGCCAACCUUCGCCCAUUCACGAGGCCUCUAGCAAAGGCAGGGCAGCAUGUAUAGAGUCUCUUAUCUCGUGGGGAGCAGAUGUAGAUUACGACAUCCCCCAUCUAGGAACACCUCUCUACAUUGCCUGUGCCUCCCAGCAGCUCCAGUGUACACAGAAACUUCUGGAUGGAGGAGCCAAUGUGCAGAAGGGCCGUUUCCUGGACACUCCACUACAUGCUGCAGCACAGAAGGACUGUCCAGAUAUCAUCAGACUGCUACUAGAGUUUGGUGCUAACAUCAACGCUCGCAACCUGGAGCUGCAAAGACCGGUGGAGACGGCGCCACCCAGCAGUACGGCAGAGUCUGCGCUCCUUCUGUAUGAAGCCACGCCACAGUCUCUGUGUCAGCUGUGUAGACUGAGUAUCCGAAACUAUAUGGGCCGAUCCAGACUGCACCUGAUUCCUCACCUCAGACUGCCUACUUUACUCAAGAGUUUCCUCCAGUACAGAUAGGCUAACUCCACAAAGCCCCUCCCCCUUUUAUUUUCUUAUAUUAAGUGCAUUAACAUACAAAAAGGUCAUCCAAUCUUGUUUGUGACCACCAGCACACAGAAAGCAUGAUUACGCUAGCCAUUCAUUUCACUUCUUCUAAGUUCAAAUGUUUAUUUUUUAAAUUCUUAUAUAUUUUUGUGCGACUACUGAACAUUGGUUAAAUUGUUGUAAAUAAUAUAUUCACAACAUUAGUGUAAAUUUGUCAUUUGUAACCUGCACAAUAUAAGCUGCAUGCCUAAUAUGAUACAAAUGUAUCACGUCAGGUUGAAAUUAUUAAAGUGCAUGUCAGUAUAGUGAAUUUUCUAUUUUUUAUCACACUAAUGUAAAAAAGAAAGAGGAUAAUUGUUCAGUAUUGAGAUGCUAUCAAUAUUUUCACAGCUUCCCAAGCUGCAUCAUAAACCGUGUAUCUAAUGCAGUACUUUUGCUAAUCAUUUUGUUGCCAAAAAAAAAGCAUGAUAAGAUAUGAAACUUAUAAAUAAAGAAAAAUAUGUAAAAAUA